CGACAAUAAGUUAUUAAAAUUGUAUUAUUUUUGUUAUAAUGCUUUGACAAAUUGUAUGCUCAGCUAUAUUAAAUAACAAUAGUUCAAAAUAUAUGCACGAAAAUAUCGAUAUGAAAAAAUGAAUGUAUUUUCAAUACCAUGUUCUUGUCGAUCUAGUGAUAUUUAUCCAUUAUGGAAUUUUAGUUAUUAUUAGUUGCAGCAGCUGCUGUUUAGUAAAUAACAACCUUGAGCUAGUCGCGUGAAGGACACAACGACAAACAGGCAAACAUCGCAAUUUGGUUAUGGAAAUAACGCUAGCACUGCUGAAGCCGCACGUGCUGCGUAACACUUAUGCACUGCGGCAAUUGAAGGCGCUGAUUGCCAGCAACUUUGAUGUCCUGCAAGCCAAGGAGGUGCGCAUAACAAAAGAAAUAUCCGAGUGCUUUUACGCGGAACACAAGGGUAAAUUCUUCUACCAGCGUCUAACAAGCUUUAUGCAGAGCGGACCCUGUUACGCCCUCAUACUGCAGUCGGAGUCAUGCAUCCAAAAGUGGCGCCAACUCAUGGGGCCCACCAAGGUGUUUAGGGCGGUCUACACCGAACCGGAUUCCAUUCGUGCUCUCUAUGGACUCUCCGACACGCGGAAUGCCUGUCACGGCUCGGACAGUGAAGCCUCCGCAAUGCGGGAGAUUGGCAUACUCUUUCCGGAAUUCGAUGUGACUCGCAUCCGCAGCAGUCAAGCCAAUAACAGUAAAAGUGCGUGAUCCAAGCCAAUCAAUAUUCUCAGAGAAACAAUAUAUGAAUUGUUUGUGAGUCGAAA